GACAUCACGGAAAAAACGUAGCAGCAGCACCACAAACCCCACGCCGAGAUUUCGUCUCUCCGCUGCGCUAAAACUGCGCGACGAAAGCGGCCCACGACUAUGCCCGGUGCGGCGUUAAAGUGCGGGACGACCACUUGACAGGCCUGGGUGAGGUCUAAGCCGUUGCCGGGAGGGGGAAAUACAUUUCUUCAUAUGGGAGCAGCAUGCGGGAAAUGGUCGGAGGUUGCUGCGUGUGUUCAGACGAGCGAGGCUGGGCUGAGAAUCCGCUGGUUUACUGUGAUGGACACGGCUGCAGCGUCGCCGUCCACCAAGCAUGCUACGGCAUUGUCCAGGUGCCCACCGGCCCGUGGUUCUGUCGGAAGUGUGAGUCACAGGAGCGGGCGGCACGUGUGAGGUGUGAGCUGUGCCCCCACAAAGAUGGCGCACUCAAGAGGACGGACAGCGGAGGCUGGGCCCAUGUCGUGUGUGCGCUCUACAUCCCUGAGGUGCAGUUUGCCAACGUCCUCACCAUGGAACCCAUCAUCCUGCAGUACGUCCCGCACGAGAGAUACAUCAAGACAUGUUACAUCUGUGAGGACCACGGGAGGGAGAGCAAGGCUGCCUGCGGAGCCUGCAUGACCUGCAAUAGACAGGGCUGCAGACAGGCUUUCCAUGUCACCUGUGCUCAGAUGGCCGGUCUGCUGUGUGAGGAGGAAGGCCCAGAAGCCGACAACGUGAAAUAUUGUGGCUACUGCAAGCAUCAUUACAACAAAAUGCAGAAGAAGCUGCGCUCCAGUGAAAAUACAGGCGGCUCCUUCAGUCACUCCAGGGGCCGCUCCACCUCUCCAUCACAGGACAAACACCACCACCACAGACAGAGGAAGAGUCAUAAGGACAAGAUUCGACCAAAAGAGCGCCACAAGAAGUCCUCUGACAGCCUGAGCUCUUCAGUGACAACCAGCAGUAUAGACAAGAUCUCUUCCAGUCAUCACAGCAGCAAGGACAGUGAGGCCAAGUCCAAGAAGCUGAGCUCACACAGUCACGGUCAUCGCAGCAAGAAGACAGGAAGCACUGGCAAGAGCUGCUCCUCCUCCUCCUGCUCCUCCAGUCCAUUCAACACAGGUGGCUCCCUGUCUUCAGCUCAGGAUUUCCAUCAGUUCUCAUCUUCCUCCCGCCUGGAGCGUGACCACGAUCGGGGAGGUGACGACCACAGCGGUGAGGAUCGUAAAGAGCGCCACAGGAGGGCACCGGUCCCGGAAGACGAGGAUGAAGAAGAGGACGAAAAGGAGGUAGACAAAGACGAUGAGGAAGACGAGGAGGAGGAAGAAGAGGACAGUAAAUACCACAAGCCACCAGCGUUGACUCCUGCUGACGGCCCGCUCGCGGGGUCGCAGGGUCAUGACAGAUCGGACGGCAACUCGAGCCCUUUCGAGAACAAGGUCACGAUCUCCACCUUUGGGUCCAUCAUGCGCAUCACCUCCACGUCAGGGCUGGGCAGCAGCAGUAAGAUCCGGAAGAUCUCCUCCUCCGGGGACUACAAACCCUCCAAGUCUAUCUGCAAGCCGUCUCAACUGAGCACGCCGCCUAUCCUGGAGGAGGCAGGCCUAGAGGACAAAGCUACGCCUCCACCGCUGCCCCGAGAACGGAGGCACCGCGGCAACAAGAAGAGCCGCCACGGUCCAGGCCGCCCACGGGGCAGCAAGAACCGAGAGAGGAGAGAGGAGGAGCAUCACCACCACCAUCACCACACGGCGCCACCGCCUCCAGCCUUCACCCCCUCCUCGCUCUACACGAGCCCAUCUUCCAUCUCCCACCCAGCCUUCCCCUCCACACUGCCUCCCACCACCACCACCACCACCACCCCUUCUUCCUCUUCUGCCUCAUCUUUCUCCUCAUCCUCUGCCGGCAGUUUUUCCACAGGGCGUGGCAACUCACUGCUCGGCUCUGGUAUCUAUUCCAGUCUCAAGGACCCUCUCACGUUGGGUGGGGGUGUCUGCAGUACCCCUCUCUCCCUGGGUGGAGGGGUGUGUAGCACCUCCUUGUCCCUGGGAGGGGGCAUGUGUAGCACCCCUCUUUCCUCAGGACUCCUCUCAUCCCACGUCUCCUCACUCUCACUUCCGUCAGUCAACUCUGUCUCAAACACACAGGUCCAUCCAGGUUCCAGCACCUCCUACAGUCUGACCUCCACACAACCUUUCGCCAGCUGUCUCUCUACAGCCCCGCCACUGCCACCACUACUGAGCCAAGCCCAGACCUCACUGCCAGAGUCCGACCUCGAUGACUGUCGCUUCCCGUGUCAGGGGAACUCACCGAGAGAGAGUCUUUCCUCACAGUCUCCUAUGAGCUGUCUUCCUCUUCUGUUUGACCAGAGAGACGGGUUGGGUUCAGGAGUCAGAGCGCGUCCUGAGAACGUCCCUCCAGCCAGCUCCCACAUAGAGCUCCUGCUGGAGAAACAUGGCAACGGAGAGAUGGGAGUCAACAUCGUAGAGAUGCUCCAGUCACUUCACUCCCUGCAGCAGGAGAACCAGCGCCUCCAGGACCAGAUCCUCAGCCUCACGGCCAAGAGGGAGCGGCUGCAGCUGCUCAACACGGAGCUGGCCGUAUCUUUCCCUCCACACAUUCUUUCCUUCCAGGGCUCCAUGCACACCUCUGCCCAGAUCAACUUCCUGUCAUCCAACCAAGACCCCCUGAGCACCAAUAAGAGUCCCCUGUCCAAAAGCUGCUUCUUUAAUGACACCUCCUUUGUUACCUCCUCUGAGGAGCUCCACUCUGGUAGUCCGUCCCGCAGUAGCUCCUCCCUCUCCUUCCAGAGUACUCCUCCUCCUCAGCAGAGCCCCGCCUCUUUCGGUCAGCCCCUGCUGAACGGACUGAGUCGAGGUUUGAGCGACGGUUUGGGGGGCAUCAGUCAGGCCGGCACCUCCGCUCUGCCCAUGGGCGGGCUCAUGGCGUCUCUCGCAGGAAGUCCUCAGCUGAAUAUGAACGGUGUGCUGGGCAGUCUGAACGGUGUGAUCCAGUCUCCUGUACAAAGCGCCCCUCAGCCCACACUCCCCGCUCUGCGCCCCCAGCCUCCACCACUCAACCCCCAGGCAAUGGCACAGGGCUUUCAGCUUCCCAAGUGUGUGAGCCCGUCUUCUCUCCUGUCAGAGCAGCAGAAGCAGCUUUUUCUCGAGCAGCAGCAGCAACAGCAGCAGCUCCAGCAGUUCCUCACGUCACAGAACUUCACUCCUGAGCAGCAGGUGGUGGUGUGCCAGAUGCUUCAGCAGCAGAGACAGAGGGAGCUGCAGCGCCUCACGCUGACAGGAGCUCUCACCUCCACCCCUAACUCACCCAUGAUCGCCCAGUCACCCAACCUGCUGUCCUCAGCCACAGCCUCACCCCUGCAGGGCGGCCAAGGAGGCAGCCUCUUUGGCCUGCAGGACAACGCACUUCACAAGCCCGGGACAUGGUGUCAUUGUGUUUUCAGGCUGCAGGAGAAAAGGGUGGAGACAAGAAUGGUUGACAUCUCUGGGUAAUACAGGAGCAGCUCAUAUGAAGACAUUGGGCAUCUCGCCCGAUUGAAGAACUGAGGAACUUACGUGACUUUUGAACGACUUUCCUUCUCUGUCAUCUUUAUCUUACACCCUCUUUUAUGAAUGUAUAACAGGAUGGACUUAAACGUCAAGGUGAAGUUUUUCGUGUUUUGAAAUUCUUUAUAUCAGAGGUUCUUCUCAUAGGUUUUUUUUGUGUAGGCAGCUUUCAGAGAGCAUGAAUACAGUGGUCUCUCCUUAAAUUGCACUAAUUUGUUAGCUAGACCAAUGGGGCUGCGUAUGUAGGCAGAGCCAGAGCUCCUGCUCAUCCCUGCAGGUGCUGUGGAGGCUCUUGGUUUGAAGUGUGAACUCGAGCACUGACCGUUCAUGAAUUCUCUCCACGACUUGAACCAGAGUUUCAUUCAGUCGGUGAGAAUAACAGACUUCUGCCACUUCUUGCAACCUCAACUGUCUUCCUUGAUAUUUUGUCUUCCCUUUGUGUUCACUCCCACCCACAUUUCAUCCAGAUCUUCUAUAUGUCGCAGCCUCUCACAGGCACUUAUUAUGUAAAAGAUAAAUAUUCUGUCAUUUUCAAUGUGUGGUUAGUGGCGUUUCAACAUUAAGCUAGUUAUUACCUCAGACUUUUCUGCCACCUAUUUUCCAUUAUUGAGAUGCGUGGUUCCCAUUUUGUGCUGAUUCAUUACCGCAAUAGCCUUCACUGGAUAUAAAUGGCCACCAAAAAUCUUGCUGUUAACUCAAAGGUAUUAACUCAUGUCAGUGUAAAAAUGGCACUGAAUCCACGUGUCCAAAAUGGCGCCAUCGUCCACUAGAGACUGGCACCAGAUUUUAUUCAACAACACCAUAAGAGUUUCUAAGACUUUUAUAUCCUUCCAGUUGCUAUCGAGAUUAAGCAGACGAAACCAAACAUUUGGAAAUUGUAAGUAAGAAAAUUGUUUUUCCUAAACAAGUGUGCACUUUGCAUGUUAGUAGCUAACAGAGCAAAUUAGCCAUCAACUCAGUACCUUAUAAAGGAUGCUUGGUACUUACUAGGCCACUAGGAACUGACAGGUUUUUGAUUUAUAUGUGUAUUUUGCACUCUGUCCUGAAGUGUCAGUUUUUUGUUACUUUCAUACAUAGAUAUUCUUUUCAUGUCCGCUAACUAGUUGUUACUUUUAGCAAUACUGGAUAGAUAAUGCCUUAAUGAUGCUAGAUAUACAGAGGAAACCACAAGCCCAAAGGCUUACUCUCUUGUCGUCUUUCUUUGAUAGUGUUUUUUAUCUGGGGUACAUGGAGGGGUACGUUAGUACAAUGAAAGCACUCUUCCUAAACCCGUUUAUACUUUUGAUAGCUAACUAAUGAUUUCAACAGUUGAAAUGUGUGAAUAACCGUAUAGUGGUAACUGAAGUGUCAAAUCAUUUUCUAUUGUAAGUUUUGUGUUCAGAUGCAAUGUUCUUUAGUUGUUUGUGCUUCAGAGAACUGAGAAACAAGGACUUAUUGAAAAUCUUACAGUGAAGCCUGCACAGUGGUGUCAUAGGAGAUAGCUGAGGACAGCCAAGAUGUAAACUAUUAUUGAAGUGCUGUCACAACAGUGUAUGAUAAAUAGUGUAGCUGUAAUCAGCUCUGAGAAGAUGGUGACUUGCCAAUGUUGUUACUGUUGGCCUUUACAUGUCAUGACGUAAGCCAACAUAGAGACUAUGAUAAGCUUCUGUUUCCCUCCACUCCAUGUUAUCAUGUGAUGCCUCUGUUUGGCUCAGUUUUACUGACAAAGGCCACUCGCAAAUUCAUCUUUUACCUUCAAAGUGAGGUUAUUUUAUCAUGUUUUCUCCUGUGUUCUUUAGCAAUAUUGCCAGAUCUUUUGAAAUAUUUUCUCACUUCUGUUUGCAAUCUUGAACGUGAUCUCCCAUACAUGUGAUAUCUUGAGUGCUAGAUUGUUUCGUUAGUAGCUAAUGUAGACGUCAGAAAGGAACUUCAAGCAGCUCACUAGUUGGUGAUAAAUACUGUAGCAAUGACAGAAGGAGAAUGUUGAUUAUGUUGAUAAAGACAUGAGUCAACACGUUGACAUGACUCCAAGUGGGAGGUCUGGAAUUUACCAAGUAUGUCCUUAUGAGUCCAGACAAGACCAUGUCCAAGAGAUUGACUGAAGAGUGGUGUGAAGGAUUUCUGAAGCGGUUUCUUUCUCAUGUUGCACUGGGGCGCUUUGGGCCCAAUUGUAAAUCGUUUUUUAGUACCUUUUCAGUUUUGUUGGAAUACGAGUUGUAUACUUUAAAAUGUUUGUGUAAAGACACAUUCAUUCUUUUAAGCUUUGAAGUUUGGGUAACCAAGAUAAUCCAUGUUAUGAAUGUUGUACUGUGUAUCUUUUAUGUAUUACAACAUUUAAGCACCUAGCUCUGAAUGAGGUUUGAUGGAGAGUGAGUUACGUAUCGGGAUAUGAAUUGCAUGAAAUGCAGUGAAGUCUCUCAAAUGUAUUGCUAAAUACCAAGUAAUAACUAUGCAUAAUUUUAAAUGCAUUGUUCCCUGAAAAAAAGAAAUUAAAUGAAAUGAGCACUGAAUUUAAAAAGGACAAGCACGUUGUCAUUGUACAGUGUAUUUGAGAGAAUUGAUCAAAACAAAUUUGACAAUAUUCAGAUUAAAGUCCCUGUAAAGUAUUUUGAUAUUUUUGUGUGUAAAAUUAAAAGGACGAAUUAAGACGACUUUUUUGUCAAUAAAUGUAUUUUAAUGAGUUAUUUUA